AUGACUUCUGCGUAUUUUGGAGUGCCUGGCGGAAACGGCGGUGGCGCUGGCCAACAAUCGGCGUAUUUCGGAGUCGGAGCACAACAAUCGGGAGCUGGAGCGUCGAAGAUCGGAGGCGGAGGCGGAGGAUCGACGCCACCGCCCGGAACUUCGUGCUACGUGGGAGCUGGAGCCGGAGGAGCAGCCGGAGGCGUCACCUCGGCCUACUUUUCCAUCACGCCGAACGUUGGAGGAGGACCAGCAUCGCCGUGUGCUCGUAAGUUUCUAGAGGUUCCUCUCACCAUUUGAUCGCUCAUGUUCAGAGCCGAACGUCUGUGCAGGUGCAGGUGGUGGUGCCUCAACGAUGACCGCAAUUGGCGGAGCACCGAUCGGCGGAGCAGCUAGCACCAUGACCGCUGUUGGAGGAGCACCCACUGGUGACUUUUUCUUCUCUACAAUCGUUCCCUCAAACUGAAUGUAUUUCAGGCGCCGCCUCUACCAUGACCGCUGUUGGAGGAGCUCCGAUCGGCGGCGGCGCAAGCACCAUGACGGCGAUCGGUGGAGCGCCACGUGGCGCAUCGACGAUGACGGCGAUCGGUGGAGCGCCGAUCGGUGGAGGCGCGUCGACGAUGACGGCGAUCGGAGGAGCGCCGAUCGGCGCCAACGGAGCAGCCAGCACGAUGACGGCGAUCGGAGGGGCGCCACGUGGCGCGUCGACGAUCGGCGGAGGAGCCGCGAGUCCAGCUGGAGGCGCCGCCGUCUCUUCGUACUUUGCCGUCGGACCCGCUGGCGCCGGCGGAGUCCAAUCGGCCUAUUUCGGAGUGGGUGGCGCGCCGCCGAAAGCAGCAUCUGGAGCCGGAGGCGGAGGCGGCGGCGGCGGAGCGAUCCCCGGACAAUCGGCGUACGUCGCAAGUGGACCGGCAGGAGCUGGAGGUGCUGGCGUCGCGUCGGCAUACUUUGCACCAAAGUGA